AUGGAGGCCUUGACUGUAUUACGUAUGUUAGCACCUGGGGCACUUGGCUUGAUAUCUGUGGAUAAAGAUGCCAAGAAAUACUUGAAAGAAGAUCGAAAAUUCUACAAAGGUAUUAAGGUGAAUGAGUUAGAGACAAAAGAGAAAGUUGAUGUUAGAUUUAGUAGUAAAAUGAAAAAAAUAGCGAAAAUAACAAAUGUGAUG